AUGGCGGAUUAUGUCCUGCCAUGCCUGCCACAGGCUCGAGAUUCCAGCAAAUGGUGGACCUGGGAAUUGACUGAGGGGAUGGAACCAGUGCCGGUAUACGAUGACACGAUGACGGUCUAUUUAAGCAACAAAAUGGCCGCGGAGGUGCGCAUCACAUGUCUAUUGGAUGCAGGACUGGGUCAUGGUCCAGAUGGCUGA